AUCAUCAUUAUUAUUCCAAGGUGUGUUGCAUACUACAAGUUGUAUUAUGUCCCAGAACUGAAAUGACUAUAUAGCCUACUCUCUUUCUGCAAAUACUGUAAAUGUAGGCCGGCCUAUGCAUACAUUUCUGUGAAGUACUGAUGUUUGUGUCUGGUAUAUUUCAUUCAUAUUUAUUUCAGAGCCUUACAUAGUGAGGAGUCAGAGCAGGACACUACUACAAAUAUUAUUAUUAAACAAGUUGUUUUACAGUCUGCAUGGGGAAAAAAAAUCUUAUUUUGUAAAAACCCCUUCUUCUUGAUGUCAUCAGAUCAUUUUUAAAACGUUUCACUCAAGUAACUUUUUGGAUGGUUAAUAUUAACAAGUUACAAUUUCUAUGUAGUAUUUAGACCCCCGCCCUCAUCUCACAGGCACAGAACUGCUUUCACUUCCACUCACUUCACCCGUAGACGCAUCUGAGAGCAGUUGAUCACUGUGACAAAAUCUCACUAUAGUAGGCCUGUCCAACUCAUUCAGAUAUUUAAGAUGAGAGGAUACUUACUUGGAAUACUCGUACUUUUGAAACAUUGCAUUUGUAGUGAUGUGGUGAACUUUGAUGGAGACAUCAAGGACUUUGUAGUUGGUAAAAGUAAGUUGUUCCUUCUUACUGACCAUCGACUACAUCAGAUGAGACUCGAUCUUUCUGAGGAGAAGAAGAAGGACAUCACUAACACUCAUCAAAACAGAGUCAACAUUCUGGUGCCUUUUGAUGACAACGACACCCUGAUAACCUGUGGGACCUUGACAAAUGGAUACUGUGAAGUUCUUGACCUCAAUGACAUUACAAAGAGCAUUUACUAUGAAAGUGGAAUAUCUGUAGGACCGAGACAGAAUAAGAAAUCUGUUGCGUUCAUUGCAGGUCCGAGUACCAGCAGGUACCUUUUGGUUGGGAAAAAAGACGAUGAUGGAAAAUCUCCGUAUCCUGUUGUUCACUUGUGGAACACUUUACAGUCUCAGAUUGGUGGGAUUUUCACUAACAUAGAUACAACAUCAACCCCCUUCAUUCAGAGCACCGCGAGCGAUGUGGAGUUUGUUGACGGAUUCCAGAGAGUUUCGCCCUCAGAGUCGUACUUGUUUCUCAACGCAAAGAUUGACUCGGAGAGUAAAGUGCACGUCCUGUGGAUGGACAGCUCUAAAGAUAUAAAAACAGAAAUCUUCAAAUCCCUACAGGCUGCAACGAUACAGUGCUGCAAUGAUAAAGCUCGUCCAGAGCUCGUCGCCUCCACCGUUAUUCCCUCAGUGAACGGCGUUAUUUGGGCAGGUGUGUUCAGUGCGCAAAAUCAGACGGAUCCGGAGAACACCGCGCUGGCUCUGUACGACAUCAGUACAGUUCAAGGCCAAGUGAAGGGUUUCUGCACUGCUGGUGACAAGAUAUGUGGUUCUGAGAGUGGCAGUGCACUUCAGCCGCUCUCUGUGGUGUUCAAGUACAGCUCAAUGUCAUCAGUGGCAGCAGUUAGAAAAGGAUCCUGGAUUGUGAUGUUCAUAGGAACCAGUGAUGGACAACUGAUAAAGCUUAUGUUGGAUGAGGAAUUCACUCCAGCCUGUCCAAUAGUGCUGUACAAAUCUGAUGAUGAACGAGCAGUGUUUCCCAGAAUGCACUUUGAUCCAGUAGAUUUCAAACAUAUCUACAUCGCUCUGAGGAAACAGAUCAGAAGAGUGUCUGUGGUUCAGUGUACUAAGUUCAGCUCUCUGAAAGACUGCAGAGCUGCUCUGGAUCCUCUCUGUGGCUGGUGUGUGAAAACACAGAGAUGCUCCACCCAAGAUGAAUGUUCACAAUCUUCAUGGAUGUCCACCCCAAAAGACUCUCUUCAGAAACCUCUGGUUUCUUUUCAGGCUUGGGCUGACAAAUCUUCCAGAAAGAUUACUCUACAUCUCGCCUUGAGUCUGGAGAGCACAGGAAAUCCCGUCUUCUCAUGUUCCUUCACCACAGGAAGUGCAAACCUGUGUGGCGGGUCUGAUCCGACUGCAAUUUUCCCAAACUGCUUCUGUAGUAUUUCUGACCAGCAACUAUAUACUGGAGAUUUAAAUGUAUCAGCUAUAGUUGAUGUUGAGGAUCAGAGGAUCACAGAGACACUGACGCUGAGGAACUGCUUGAGUGUCACAGAUAAUUCACCAAGUCCUUUAUAUACACAGUGUGUGCAGUGUAUCUCAUCUGGGUGUCAGUGGUCCUCUUCCUCACAGCGUUGUGAUUGGAUAUAUGGACCUGGACCGCAGUUACUCAUAGAGGAUGAAUGUAAAGAUCUACUCUCUGAGAUUGACUACAAAGAGCCAGAGAUUUUCUCUCUGGAGCCCAAUAAGGUUUCCUUCCAUGGCAGAAACAACGUUUUACUAAGAGGAAAGAACCUGGAAUCUGUCACUAAAAUCCGUAUUCAAGGGGAUCUGGACUGUAUUCCUAAAGAAUAUCCAGUAUUUGAUCGCUCCAGUGACACUUUAAGAUUUCACAUUCCUCCCAGUGGAAAUAAAGGAACAGUGAAAGUGUGUGUUGUUACUUUUGACAACCGUUGUCAUGGUAACAGCAUCAUCACCUACAGUUCCCAGCCCAGCUGCACAGGAAUACAGCCCACAGUCAGCUGGUGGAGUGGCGGAAGGAAGAUUCAUGUUCAAGGGAGCAAUAUGGAAUUUGUGGAAUCAGUUAUUUUCGAUAGUAGUUAUCGACGACUCCAAACACAAACACAAUACAACCCAACUUCAGGGGACGUGUGGUUUCACUCACCUUAUGAAAAUGGCAAUGGUUUCAAGUUGAAUGUUGGAAACUCCACUGUGGACUGUGAGCGUUUGUCCUACGACCAUGAUCCAGAAUUCAUUGUAUUCUCCACCGUACAGUUGGCCAAUGAUCUACAGGUGAACAUUAAGAAAAAGGCAGAUGCAUUGAAUUUGAGUAUGAGUGAGGUGAAUGUGACGGGUUAUCAGGGAGAGCAGCAGUAUCAGUGUGUUUUGGAGAGGAUUGAGUACAAAGCCAUUAUCUGUAAGAUUAAAGGAGAAUCAGGAGCCGUCACAGCAGUGGACUCAAUAACUAUCCACAUUGGGAAUUAUUAUGGUCGUCUCAUUAUGGGAAAACGUCCAGAGUAUUUGGUGUUUUUUUCUAUAGUAUUUUCUUUAAUAUGCUUAUUCUUUAUUCUUAUCUUCUGCAUUUUGUUAUCAAUUUUUCGGGUGUAACCCAACAUCCAACCUGUUUUUCCUAUUCAAUGGUCACUGCAAUUCAGAUAUAGAAACAUAACAUACAGCCUUUAUAAGUAAAAUUAUGCUGUAAAGUCCUGUUUACACCUAUAAGUCAAAGAUCACCAUAGUAAUGUUAUCCUUAUCUCAUUUCUCACCCUACUCCAUACUGUGGAACUGUUCUCCAGACAGCAGGUGGCGCUUUAUACUCACUUAUUAUAAUACACCAUAAAAACAGUCAUUUCAAAGUUCAAGGACAAGUCUGCUAUUUAGUACUGUAGUACAAUUAUUUUGUAGUAGAAAGAAUGCUUUGAGUGUAUCUUUUUCAUUGUAUACCAACACAAUUCCAUUGUUCUCUUAUUAUUAAUCUUAUAUUUUAAUAUUAAAUGUAAUCAGUAUACUGCAAAACAGUACAAUUACAAAUAAACACUUUACAAUACUAAUUUCAAUGUCCUUUUAUUAUUAUUACUACGGUUAUAUGACUUAUCUCAGCUAUUAAUUGCAAUAUAAAUAUACUUUAUUUCUGCAUAAUGAGUAAUACAUACAGAAAUGUGUGCCAAGAUAAAUCAAAAACUUAAUGGAAAGAUUCCUACUAAGAGGUGAUAAUAAAGAACACAAAAAAACAAUGCCAUAUGGUUCAUUUGAUGUUAGACGUAGUUUCUGUAUUAUUCUGAUAAUAGUCACUGCAAAUGACCUCUGUAAAGAAGAACUGCUUCAAAGAACUCAGUUUACCAUAAUUAUUC